GAAUAUGGCCGUAAAAUCUACAAUGGACGGGUUCUAUGCAAACUCAUCGCCAAUGCAUGCAGUCUUGACUCGACUCAAGGGUCCGGACCUGGACGACCACUUGCGUUUGUUUGGAGCGAUUGACUGGUCAGCCACAAGUCUAGGAGCACUCGAUAGCUGGUCACAAGAAUUGGCAACUCAGGUUUUCUUGACUUUGCUCGUCCCAGACCCUCAAUCUCUGGUCUUGGGGCCCGACAAAGUGGUGAUAUACAACCAAGCGUACGGACGCCUCAUUCGAGAUCACCACCCGCAAUACUUUGGACGACCAGUAGCGCAGUGGACGGAGUGGAUGCCAUAUUUCGAAACGAUGGGUGCAAUCUAUCUACAGGCUGAGCAAUCUGGAAGAGCCUACAUUAGUAAGGCAUUUCCCAUGGUUGUGGACAGUGGUGGUUUCAAAGAAAACAUCGACUUCAGCUCUGCCGUCAUCUGUCUACCUCCGCCUCUGGAUGGAUUCCUUGGGUCUUUCAAAGAGAUCACGGCGACUGCUGCAGGUGACAGAAGGAUGUCGAUCUUGCAAGAUUUGGUAGCGUCAUGGAAGACGUCCUCUUCUUUGAAAGCACUUUGGUCAAACGUGCUCAAGAGCGUUGCUCCUUACCCAGAGUUGUUCCCAUUCUGCUCGUUGUAUACCACCACGCUAGCUAUACACAACGAUCCUUCGUUGUCGGAUUCAAGUGGCAACGAAUCUGACAAUCCUACCUACGUGCUCGAAGGGAGCGUUGGAAGCGUAGACUCAAGAUCUUCAAGCAUACCCCAGAAUAUUGAUCUCGGGACGGAAGAGGGCGGAGUGUCCUCAGACCCUUUCACCUCAUACUUCCAACAGGCUCAAAUGACCAGAGCCCCUACUCAUAUCGACGAAACUGACAUACCUACUGCACGCAAUCGCGGUGUCGGCGAAGCUUGUCGAGGAGCUGUAGUCUGUCCCAGUAGCUCCAACCAGCUAAGCCGAGUACAGGCCUUCCUGGUAUUCGGCCUGUCGACUCGUGAUGCUUACAACGAAUUAUACCAGCAGUGGGUAUCUCGACUACAGCGAGAGUUCGCCGACGUUGUGUCAUCGAUCCUUUCGACACAGGAAUCAGCCAGGAAGAAGCGAGAGACGACAAGGAGAUUGCGUCUUGAAUCGGAACUGGUCAACAAAGAGCUUGCACUCCAGAGAAAGGAAGCCGAACUUGCAGCACUCAGGGUCGAAAGGAUUACCAAGAUCGUAGGUUUGGCAAACGUAGCGAUCUUUGAGCGUGACUUGAGUGGCCGGAUUGUAUUUGCCAAUGUAUGUUCACUUGCUAUCAUAAACACAUGGAGACUGACACGCGCAGNNGAUGCCUUCUACAAACUUGUGGACUUUGAUGAGAACGCGGAUGCCGAGACAUCGUUUCUUCCGUGUGAACAUUGGAAUGCUUUACUGCGAGGAGAAGCCCGAACUUUUGAAACAAGGUGUCGUGAUGGCUGGGGUCUUUGCAGCGCAUUACCGACAAGAGAUGAAAACGGUAAGAUUGACGCUGUGAUUGGAGUGGUCACCGACAUCGAAUCACAGAAGCGGGCUGAACGGGAAGCCUUCGCAAAGCUAGAGGCCUUGGAGAAGGCACGAAUAGCUGAGCGUCGAUACUUCCGGUUUAUGGAAAUUAUCCCAAGCGGUAUCACCGUGGCAAACCAAGCUGGACAGAUUACAUAUGCUACAGAGGCAUGGUAUGAAAUGAGCGGACACCCGCACUGUGAGUUCAGCCAAACCAGGUGGCAAGAUAUUGUCCACCAAGAAGACUUGAAGCUCCUUGAGGGUAAAUUUUACGAGCUUUUGUGCGGCUCACAACCACUGGAGUUCCAAUUCAGAGUGCAGAAACCUUGGAUAAAUCCAGCAGGCGAAAAUUGCGGUAGUAAGCNNUCCUGGAUGCUCUGUAAUGUGCUACCCGAGUUCAGAGAUGACGGCUCCGUUGAGCAGAUUGUCAGUUCACUCACGGAUAUUUCUCAUCUCAAGUGGGCCGAGACAGUCAAUUUCAAUCGUGUUGAAGAAGCCAUUGAGAGCAAAAGACAUGCCUUAGCCUUCAUCGACAUGACCAGUCACGAAGUACGAUUCUGGAACACUGAGUUGGUGGCAGUACAGCUGACCGUGCUAGNNAUCCGGAACCCACUAGGUGCGGUAAUUCAUUGCGCAGACAGCGUUCUGGAGUCAUUGGCAGAGCUUAAANAACUGCUUCCCACCUGGACAAAACAGAGUCUAGAAACAGAUCCAGCAGGAUAUCAUCAGCACCUAAAACAAUUGAUUGACGCUGGGAUUGAUGCAGUCCACACCAUCUUGUCGUGUUCGGAUCAUAUGACGAACAUAAUCACCGACACGUUAACUCUCUCGAAGCUUGAUGCCAACCUACUACGGAUUAGUCCAUCCGCAGUGCGACCCGUGUCCAUACUCCAGGACGUCCAAAAGAUGUUUGAAGUCGAGGCCAAAAGACUGGAAGUCAACUUGAACACGAUUGCUGAUCCAUCUUUGAAUUUAUUGGACGCAGAUUGGGUGGCCAUAGAUCCUGGUAGGGUGAUGCAGGUCCUGAUCAACCUUGUGAGCAAUGCCAUCAAGUUCACAAAGACGAGAACAAGCGGGCCUAAGGACGUGACGGUACGCGUGGGUGCUUCGAAGACUCGUCCGUUGGACCUUCCGGUCGAUUUUACCAUCGCGAGAGCGCUUCAGGACAGUAUCUACGACACAGCCGAAUUCUCAGGAAACACCUGUCAUCUCUGGUUUACUGUCCAAGACACAGGCAUUGGGAUGAAUGCAGAAGAGCAGAACAGAGUCUUUUCACGAUUUGCACAGGGCUCCAUCCGAACUUACAAAACGUACGGAGGCUCGGGACUUGGCUUGUUCAUCAGCCGGACACUUUCAGAACUUCAGGGUGGUGAAAUAGGCGUUUCCAGCGAACCGGAUAAAGGUUCCAUCUUUGCGUUCUUCGUCAAAGCACACACGACUUCGCCACCGCAAGUGCAGGACGAUGGGAACGAGAUAGCUAGGCUUCCGAGCCCGGCAGCUCAAGUGCUUGGUCCAGGGAAGAUACCAGUCAGCGUGUUGAUUGUGGAGGGUAAAUUGAUCCGCAUCCUAUAUUAUCAACCCAAACUAACGGACCGAUCAGACAACGCCGUAAACCAGCGCGUGCUAGAAAGAAGCCUCAGGCUCAAAGGCUAUGUAACACACGUCGCAAACCAUGGACAGGAAGCGCUCGACUUUUUGAAAACGACCAGACUUUGGAAGAGCAAUGCAGACGACCCUGCUGCCCCCAAUGUAGAUGUCGUCCUCAUGGCAAGUUCUCAAUCCUCAUUCUAUCAUCAUCAUCACACUUAUACCCNNGUUUUCCAGGACGUAGAAAUGCCGGUCAUGGAUGGCCUGGAGUGUGCAAGAAACAUUCGAAACCACCAACGCCUAGGCGAGAUGAAGUCAAAUCUACCCAUCAUAGCCGCAUCGGCGAAUGCAAGGACUGAACAAAUCCAAUUGGCUCUACAAGCAGGAAUGGACGAUUCAAUCACAAAACCAUUUAGAAUCCCCGAGUUGACACCCAAAAUCGACUCGUUCGCUGCAUGGGCAAGAGCACAGGGG